UCGAGGUCCAACCAACAGGUUCAACUGUCCGGGUCGACCGGGGGUUCAAUUGAUAGCAUAAACAUUGAGCAGGAGGAGUGUGUUAGCCGUGCGCCGUAGGUUUUCGCGUCGAACUCGAAUCUCUCUCUCUCUCUCUGCCCGUUUCUCUUCAGCGUAAGGGCGGCUGUGCCUAUCCUUUCCUAAUUCCUUCCACAAAUCUUUCAGUUGUUCGAUUUAUAAUUAGGGUUUUUCUUCACUCCGUGUCUGUUUCCCGAUUAUCAGAGAGAGCAAAGCGGCAACAGAACACGGGGAGUAGGAGAGAAAAUUCGUCGCCGAGAAGAUGUCGGAUCGUCUGACGAGAAUCGCGAUUGUCACUCCCGAUCGCUGCAAGCCGAAAAAGUGCCGCCAGGAGUGUAAAAAGAGCUGUCCAGUUGUGAAAACUGGAAAGUUGUGUAUUGAGGUUGCUUCUUCAUCUAAGAUAGCAUUCAUCUCUGAGGAAUUGUGCAUUGGGUGCGGUAUCUGUGUUAAGAAAUGUCCGUUUGAGGCGAUUCAGAUCAUCAACCUGCCAAAGGAUUUGGAGAAAGAUACCACUCACCGUUAUGGGCCCAAUACCUUCAAACUGCACAGGCUACCAGUGCCCAGGCCCGGGCAGGUUCUCGGCUUGGUUGGAACCAAUGGUAUUGGGAAGUCAACAGCACUUAAGAUCCUGGCUGGAAAGCUGAAGCCGAAUCUGGGCCGUUUCAAUAACCCUCCAGAUUGGCAAGAAAUAUUGACUCACUUUAGAGGAUCUGAGCUCCAGAACUACUUCACUCGCAUUUUGGAAGAUAAUUUGAAGGCUAUCAUAAAACCUCAGUACGUUGACCACAUUCCGAAAGCAGUCCAAGGAAAUGUAGGACAGGUGCUUGAACAGAAAGAUGAGAGGGGAAUGAAAGCGGAGCUUUGUGCGGAUCUUGAGCUGAAUCAGGUUAUCGAUCGCAAUGUUGGGGAUUUAUCUGGUGGAGAGCUACAGAGAUUUGCAAUUGCUGUUGUUGCCAUACAGAGUGCAGAGAUUUACAUGUUUGAUGAACCUUCAAGUUAUCUUGAUGUCAAGCAGAGGCUCAAAGCUGCCCAAGUUGUUAGAUCUCUGCUCCGCGCAAACAGCUUUGUGAUUGUUGUGGAGCAUGACCUUAGUGUCCUGGACUAUUUGUCCGACUUCAUCUGCUGCUUGUAUGGAAAACCUGGUGCCUAUGGAGUUGUCACCUUGCCCUUCUCUGUUAGGGAAGGAAUCAAUAUAUUCCUGGCUGGAUUUGUUCCUACUGAAAACUUGAGAUUCCGGGACGAAUCUUUGACCUUCAAGGUAGCUGAGACUCCCCAGGAGAGUGCUGAAGAAGUUGAAACAUAUGCACGAUAUAAGUACCCAUCAAUGUCCAAAACCCAGGGCGGUUUCAGGCUCCGCGUUGUGGAGGGUGAAUUCACUGAUUCUCAGAUUAUUGUUAUGCUGGGAGAGAAUGGGACAGGAAAGACAACCUUUAUCCGGAUGCUGGCUGGUUUACUUAAACCUGAUGAUAUGGAAGCUUCAGAGGUGGAGAUACCGGAGUUUAAUGUUUCUUACAAGCCACAAAAGAUCAGUCCUAAGUUUCAAAAUACUGUGAGGCAUCUGCUACAUUCCAAGAUACGGGAUUCCUACAUGCAUCCACAGUUUGUUUCAGAUGUCAUGAAACCUCUGCUCAUUGAACAACUGAUGGACCAAGAAGUAGUGAAUCUCUCUGGAGGAGAAUUGCAAAGAGUUGCAUUAUGUCUCUGUCUUGGGAAGCCUGCGGACAUUUAUCUCAUCGAUGAGCCUAGCGCAUACCUCGAUUCUGAGCAGCGUAUUGUUGCUUCGAAAGUCAUAAAGAGGUUUAUCCUUCAUGCAAAGAAGACGGCAUUUGUUGUGGAACAUGAUUUUAUUAUGGCUACUUAUUUGGCCGACAGAGUCAUCGUUUAUGAGGGACGGCCAUCUGUGGAUUGUGUAGCCAAUUCACCCCAGUCAUUGCUGACCGGGAUGAACCUUUUCCUAUCUCAUUUGGAUAUCACAUUCCGUCGGGACCCUACGAAUUUCAGGCCUAGGAUCAACAAGCUGGACUCGACCAAAGACAGAGAACAGAAACAUGCUGGUUCAUAUUAUUACCUGGACGAUUGAUCACUGGACAUCUAUGCAUCUACCGGCUUGAGUGAGUCGAUAUCAUCGGUACUUUUUUAAGUGGUACCAAACUGCUUCAAACAUUAGCUUCAAAGCCCCUUAUUUUGAUUUGUUCUCCUCGUCAUCUCUCGUUGUCUGAUGAUGAAUUGCAAAUUUCAGGGCCUUUGAUUGGAGUGAUUGUGCGGCAGGACUAUUCGUUCGUGAUCAUAUAGUCAGAACUUGAAUCAUAGUCCUUGACUUGAUUCUCCUGUUGAAGAGUUUGCUGAGCGUUUCUGUUUUGAAGCUAUAAGUAAUCCAUAGUAGUGGCUGUGAUGGUGCUUGCUGCAACACCUAUUCUCUAGUAGCUUUGUUUCUUGUUCCUGCCAGUUUUGUUCAUUGACAGCAGUAGUAGGUGACUCAACCUUUUUGAUGCAAGUCGGAAUGUAACGUUAAGAGAGUUUUCGACCCUCCAUGUCAAGAGUGUCAUAUCUGAUUUAGGCGGCUUGUUAAUCACCAAAGCCUCAGUGAGUGCUGUCGAACGGCGUGUGUUUGUGUUGUUUUAUAGGCAGGGGCACGACGUUUUAGGAACUUGCUAGUUUCGUGCUCGGUUAUGCAGACUUUGAUGGAUUCUCGUUUUAAAGCAUGUUUUACAGGCAGGGGGUGUUUGUGUUGUUUUAUAGCAUGUUUGUUUCAUGUAGGGUUCCAAGUAUCCUAAUGCCCGUCAAGUGCAUUUUGCAAAGCAAUGUGCUACAUCAAUGAAUCAUACCACUACAG